CGCCGCCCAAUUUAGAAAAAAUAGUGCUAAAAAUACAAAUAUUUACUUACGUACCUAUACCUACGUGAGCCAUCAUACUGCGGUAAAUAACUUCAGAGGUAUUUUAAAAUGUGUAAAUAGUAUCAGAAAGAGAUUUCGUUUUACUGUCUGAGCCAUAUCAUUAAAAUAUAAAUGAAAAUGAGUAAACAUAUGUACUCGACAGCUAAUCUGUCUGAUAAAGAAUUGAAGGAACAGGGAAACCGUUUAUUUAACUUAAGGAAAUAUGAAGAUGCUAUUAGUUGUUACAGUAAAGCAAUCAUUAAAAACCCGAAUGUUGCACAUUAUUUUACAAAUAGGGCCUUGUGCCACCUCAAACUGUUGCGGUGGGAGCAGGCAUGCACCGAUUGUCGAAGAGCCUUAGAUAUGGAUCCUAAUUUAGUUAAAGGACAUUUCUUCUUAGGACAAGCUCUGUUAGAAACUGAGAAUUAUGACGAGGCUAUAAAACACUUAAGGAUAGCUGUUGAUCUGGCGAAGGAUCAAAAACUCAAUUUUGGAGAUGCCAUAGCUUCACAGUUGAGAACUGCAAGGAAAAAACGUUUUUCCAUUCAGGAAGAGAAGAGGAUAGCCCAAGAGAUAGAACUGCAUUCUUAUUUAAAUAAGUUAAUAGAAAAUGAUAAGGAAGCGCAAAUUAAUAUAGCCACAGAUGAUGAUACUGAUACUGAAACCAAGAAUAAUAAAGUUCAGGAAAUUGAAGAAAAAUGUGAUACGUAUUUGACUGAAUUGAACCAGUUGUUUGCUAAAGUGGACGAUCGGAGACGUAAACGAGAAGUACCUGACUAUCUUUGCGGUAAGAUAAGUUUUGAGAUACUUCAAGAACCUGUCAUUACUCCCAGCGGUAUUACUUAUGACAAGAAAGACUUAGAGGAGCACUUACAGCGAGUCGGCCACUUUGAUCCUGUAACUAGAGUAAAACUGACCCAAGAUCAGCUGAUCCCUAAUUUCGCAAUGAAGGAAGUUGUUGAUGCAUUUCUGGCAGAAAACGAAUGGGCCCUGGAUUAUUAGGAAAAAUCUUCCUCUUGUCGUCGUGUUUUAUAAUAAAUACACUGUUAUUAUAUGCACUAAUUUGCUUUUGCUAAUUUAAAUCGAGGAUAAUAAUAUUAAUUUACUUGGUUGGAUAUACCUAUGUCUAUACUUUUAAUUUUUUGUAUAUUUCCCAAUGUCAUUUAUGUAAAUAUUGAUGGAAUAUAUUUCUUAUGU